GCGGCAGUAGUUGCUGGUGCAGUGUCUAUCAAAUCAUUGAUCAUGAUGACUGGAGUCCACUCUCGACGCUAUCUUCACAGAACUGCGGUUCCGAACUGGGCACCGCAGUACAGCAUGGAAAUGACUCAGUCAGAUCAUUUCUGCUUAUGCGAGCGCCAACAUUGUCUAACGCCUUGCUAUAAACAUCUGGACCGAGAUGUGAUGAGGGUUUGACACCUCGUACCUCGCAGAUCAAAAUGGAGUCAGUUCCCCCUUUAUAUACUCCUUCCCCACCUUCCCCGUCAUACUCGACAGAGCUUCUCCCGGGAGAAAAAACUGUUGAGGAGACUCGACGCCGGGCUGGUCUGCAAACUCAGAACACCGGAGUCUUUCGUAGGAUAACAGACAACAUCACGCUUGUUUUAAGAGAUCAACAGCCAGGGAGCAUAAAGCCCGUUUAUGGUAGAAAUGCACUCGUUCGAGGUCACAUAUCUCUGCGAAGUUCAGAGGGCCUCACGGAGGUCACCUUGAAGCUUGAUGGCUACAUUCGUGUUGAGAUAUCAGGGGCAGCCCUCACCACAUCGGUUGCAUCCGAUUCGUAUUCUUUGUGGAGUUCUUCAUCUACUGAGCCUUGUCCUAAGACCCUCCCCUUUACAAUAUUCUUCCCUUCUACUUUCAAGGACGGGAGUCAAACGCGACCUUUACCCCCCUCAUUCGAGGACACGUGUUCCUACACCCUUCGUGUCGUAGUUUCAAAACCUCGACGAUUCAUAUCUUCAUUGCGCUCUAGUGAUUCCCUUGUGGUACCCGUAUGCUACAAUCCACGUUCUCGCCCGCACACCCCCAUACUUCCGAGCGACGCACCGUUCAUGACUACGGUAAAAACUUCCCCGGAAGAAUGGCAUCAAGUGCUCUGCACCAUGAACGCAACAAACCGAUCUAAGCUCACGCCAGUACAAUGUCUUCUAUUUAUUCCUUCAGUACAAAUUUAUCCACUGUCUGAGACCAUACCGUUCCACCUCCAAUUGCGUGCCCCACCGAGCUCAUUAGCCCCCUUCCUUGAAAAAUCUCCACCUGAUUGCAGCCUUCCUAUGCCCUCCUCAGGGGGAAUCUCCAUCCGCGUCUACAUACUUCGCCAAGUAGUUCUCAAAGUCUUCGAAGACCAAAAAACGACAUCCAGUCGAAUAUUAGGGGAAGCUAAAUUGACAUACUCUGCUCCUCUACCCGAGAAUCAUCACUCGUAUCGCAACCGCCCCCUUGGCGAGGGCAUUGAUUGUCUGGACUGGGAUGGCGAACUGCGAUGUACCGAAGAUGUGACAGUCGCAAGCUUCGUUACAAACACGGUCUCAGUUAGAGAUUUUAUUGUGCUAUCUCUCGAUCCUCUGCAACCAAUGAAGUGUCCGCUUCUUGCAUUAAAACAGAGUCAUCCGAUUCGUCUGGUGACUGACCCGUGGUCGGAUCAAGCAGUGGCUUGGUAGAAAGGAUCGACGUACUCCGCACGGUUUCCACUCCACUCUAUUAUAUUCGGCUAUUUUGGUCGGGAAAUGUAUAGAUAGUAACUUAAGUUCACAUAUUACUUGACCGUUUACUAAUCUUUCUAUUAAUGACUACCAGAUUAUAUUUCCUAGUCAGAUGAUUGGCGGACCUUCACUAAGUAGAACUGUAGUAUGCGGGGCCCGCUUGGGGAUUUUCUUACUAUACUUGCUGGAAUAUGCACAUUCUUUGUCACCAACCGAAUGAGACUCCCUUUUCAAGUUGUAUGAUGGAGA